UUUCGGGGGAACACCUUGUUUCGCAUUACGUAUCCACCGCCGUCUCCCACUACCCUAAAGCGGACCCAGGUAUUACCUAGUGGAGGUAACUUUCAGCGAGACACGCUAUAUAAGAGAAUGAAGGACCGCGGCCGGCUAAGAUAAAGCUCGCGUGUUGUCAAUCCGUUCAUCGUGCCGUUGCUCCUCUACCUUCGUCGUCGACAGGAUGUAUUGGCUGUGUCUGACGGCACUGGCUGUGUCUGCUACAGCACAGAGCGCUUAUGAUUUGGACGGCAGAGUCUCCUAUCCUGGCAAAUCGUCCAGCCUAGGACCGCUCUAUGCAUCCGCGGGUCAAGGUUUCCGCGAUAACAGCUACGAGGACAACAUCGUGACACCCACGCCAACGCCUGCAUUCAGAAACCCUAAUCAACAACCUUUGUAUCGUAAACCGACGUUGGAGCAAGGGGGUAUCAGAGUGAACGGACCUCCACGUGGUAUUCUUCGCGGUGGACAGCCACAAAAUCCUGAGGCCGAAGAGCUGGAAGAAAAGGAGGAGCCCGAUCGUCUGACGCUUCUCUUACCGCAAAGUAAAUUCGAUUGCGUGAACAAACAGACCGGAUACUAUGCCGACGAAGACCUAAACUGCGAAGUGUUCCAUUAUUGUCAGGAUAACGCCAAACACUCGUGGAUCUGCCCCGAAGGGUUCACGUUCCACCAAGUUCACCUAAUUUGUAUGCCACCGAGCGGCGACAUAAACUGCAAGAAGAGCUCCCAGUAUCACUUCGUUAACGAAUACCUGUACAAACCACUGAAUUUGGCCGAGGCGGAGACUAAACCAAAUGUGACCUUGAGAUACAGCGAGAGAUAUUUCCCUGCGGACAUCCACGCAGAUGAACGUGAGGUUGGUGACUAUCAGAUCACCCCUUCCUCUGUGCCCAUUCGUCGUCCCACGCCGCCGGUGUAUGCAAGCCCUCAGCCAUCCACAUUGAACAGCAUUCCGCCCUCGGCUCGUCCACAACCAACAGGCCUUCCACAAUUUCGUUUACCGUUGAAUCAGGUGUUUCGUAGCCCCGAGGAAGUGAAUAUUCCCCUGCAACAUAGACGUCCGCAGCCACAGCACCAGCCUGUGAGAAGAUUCCCUCAAGUCCGACCCGAUGAUGAAGAAUACGAGUGAAUCAGACCCGCAGUCGAUCGAUUCGAUAUCUAUCAUUCAUCGUCAUUACUCAUCAUCGUGUUUCAGUUGCUAAUUGUAUUGCUGGAAUAUCAUCAUACACCUCUUGCAUUCAAAUUAAAUCAAGAGAUAAAUCUUCAGAAGUAUUUGUUGUAUUUAUUCGAAUAAAUUAUAGCAGCGUAGUUGUAUAAAUUAAUCGUAGAACAUAAAUUAUUCCAUGCUAUCAUUUUUCAUAUUCCGUAGAGGUCUCUUAAUAUCGUAGAUUGAAAUCGGAUCGAGCCUUCGUCCAAGUUUGUGAUUGAUACUUUGGAAAAGUUGGUAUUAAGUUGUAUUUUCAAGAUGGUUGUGGUUUUAGAGGAACCCGAAUUAAUUCAGUAAUCAUCCCUCCAAUAGUUGUAAAAAGUUACGAUCAGUGAUAAUUAUAAUGAUAUAAUGAAUUUGUACGUACUUCAAGUAUGCUAUUUAACGUGUAAUCUGUAAUUGAUAUUAGCAUAACAGUG